ACAAUGGACACUCAGAAGGAUGUUCAACCUCCAAAGCAGCAACCAAUGAUAUAUAUCUGUGGAGAAUGUCACACAGAAAAUGAAAUAAAAUCUAGGGAUCCAAUCAGAUGCAGAGAAUGUGGAUACAGAAUAAUGUACAAGAAGAGGACUAAAAGAUUGGUUGUUUUUGAUGCUCGAUGUAACCUGGGAAUUCAGAGGAAUGUCUUCACUUAUCCUUAGAUUUGCUCUCUCAAUUGUUUUAUAGCUUUCGAUUUUGCAUACAGUAGUUUUCCCUUAUCUUCAGGGGAUGCAUCCCAAGGCCCCCAGUGGACUCCUGAAACCUCAGAGAGUACCAAACCUUUAUACACCUUUUUUCUAUAUAUACACACCGAUGAUAAAGUGUAAUGUAUAAAUUAAGCAUAGCAAGAGAUUAAUAAAAUAGAACAAUGAUAACAUACUGUAAUAAAGUUACAUGAAUGUGGUUGGUCUUUCUUGCUCUCAAAAUAUCUUCUUAUACCGUGUACAGUACUCACCUAUUUUCGAAUGUAGUUGACUACAGGUAACUGAAACCACAGAAAGGAAACUUGGAAUAAGUGAGGCACUGCUGUACUUAGGAAUACAACUAUAUACAUAUGAUUUUAUUUUUAAGACCAUAUUGUAAUUAUCUACUAAUAUUUUGUAUAAAGCAAUUUUUUGUUCCAUCACAUGACUUUUUGUUUUACUCUAUAUGUAAUCUGACACACAAUUAAGGGUAAAGUUGCUUACC